UGCCUCGCCUUGCCUGCUGCUGACUCUCUCUCUCUCUCUCUCUCUCUCUCUUAAUUUUGUAUUAAACUUUCCGUCGGAUAAACCACGGAGGCCGAAAGAAAACAAACACAAACACUUAAAAAAAUAUAAAAAAGGCAUCGAAAUUAUUAUUUAUUUAAAAAAAUUAAAUUAAAAAAGGAAAGGAAAAGGAGGAAAUUUCUGUCUGUGAGAGAGAGAGUUGUAAUCGUGUUCCUGUUCUCGUCAACGAACAACUCUUCCGAUUUCAUCUCCUUCCUCUCUCUCCCCAUGCGACUCUCUCUCCUUUCUCUCUCUCUCUAAAAUCCGGAAGUGCUCUUCUCUGCUCUCAAGAAUUCCAAGGAUUCCGGAGGGUUUCAUUUGAAUGCAAAUGUUGGCUGUUCAAUUGAAAGCAUUUUACUGGUUUGCUAAAACGUUGUAAAACAAUAGUUAAUGCCACAUUCUAGCUUCUCGUUGAAGUUUUCCAAAGCAAUGUUGACUGUACAAUAAUGUUUUUGUUCUUCAUAGAAAUUUGACCGCGAGAAACUGGUAUGUUAUUCUUGUUACUGUCAUUGAUUUGUUUUCACAAAUUGAAGAAUAAGUGAGAAGAAGAGAAUCAUAUUGGAUGGGUAAUAAGCUCGGAAGAAGGAGACAGGUGAUUGAUGAGAAAUACACAAGGCCUCAGGGGCUUUACCACCACAAAGAUGUGGAUCAUAAGAAACUGAAGAAGCUCAUACUUGAGUCCAAGCUUGCUCCUUGCUAUCCUGGAGAUGAAGAAUGCACUUUUGAUCAUGAAGAAUGUCCAAUUUGCUUUCUGUAUUAUCCAAGUCUUAACCGAUCAAGAUGCUGCAUGAAAGGCAUCUGUACAGAGUGUUUCCUGCAGAUGAAAGUUCCUAAUUCAACUCGUCCUACGCAGUGCCCUUUUUGUAAAACCACCAAUUAUGCUGUGGAGUUCCGUGGUGUGAAAACAAAGGAAGAGAAGGGUCUGGAGCAAAUUGAAGAACAAAGAGUCAUAGAAGCAAAAAUUAGGAUGCGGCAGCAAGAACUUCAGGAUGAAGAAGAAAGAAUGCAGAAAAGACAAAUAAGCUCUCCAAGAAGAAGCAUGGCACCAGUGGAAGAUGAAUACAGCUCAGUAACCGUUCGAUCCUCCACUUCUCCAGAAGAAGGAGAGGAAAUAGUUCCUUCUCAAGAUUCAUGUGCUGUGUCAAUGUGUACCCAACCGCCACCUCCAAGAGUGUACAGGGAGGAUGAAUUCGAUCUGGAUCUUGAGGAAAUAAUGGUCAUGGAAGCAGUUUGGCUUUCUAUUCAGGAGAAUGGGAGACAUAAGUCUCCAUCUUACGUAGAUGCUGCUCCGUCUGAACAAUUUGUCACGAGACAAAACCUUGUCUCACAAGCCAUGGCUUCAGUUUCCGGUUCAUCUUCACCAUCGGGGGGUCUUGCCUGUGCAAUAGCUGCCCUUGCGGAACGACAGCAAACGAGUGGAGAAUCCUCCACUAGUCCUGGCGGCAAUGUGUCGGGGGUUAGUAUGGUUCCUGGCAGUAGCAGGUUUUCCAACAGGGUGGACAGAGAACCCGGGAAUUAUCAAACUGCAGUGACCUCUUCUGAAAUGUCAAUCAAUCACAGGAUGGCUUCGACGCAGGAUGACAGAGAAUGGAAUGUUGACACUACACGGACGAGUUAUGCAAGUUCCGACACAACAGAAGAUGUUGGAAGUACAUCUGCCCCACCAACGGGGAGUGAGAUUGAGGGCGAUCUUCAAAAUGCCCCAGGCCCUAUUGUUCCCGAGAGUUUUGAGGAGCAGAUGAUGCUGGCCAUGGCCGUUUCACUGGCUGAGGCUAGAGCCGCGGCCAGUGGACCUGGAGUUUCCUGGCAGUAGGCUAGGUCAAGAUACUACUGAUAGGAAAUUCUGAAAUAGAUAUGGUGUGGCCACUGCAGUUUGCUAGCUGAGUCUCGAGCACGGAAACUGCACAAAAAUAGAAGAACAAAAAUUCACGCAAAUAGUCGAAAGGUCAAGGUAGUGAUGAUUCUCCCUCACUUUCUCUGCCCCUCUCAUGUUUCUAUAUAGAUGUGAAAGGAAAACAGAUUAUUCUAGUGAAAUGAAAGGCUUAUGGUUUUGCUAUUU